AUGCCUUCUCCUCAGACGUUAGGUCUCAGGAUGCACUAUUCUCCGAAAUCGAUGAUUGUUUCAGAAUCGAACGAGCUGGAUGUCAAGGUCGUCGACAUACCAGAGGCUGUCAACCCUGAAGAUUUGAUCAAAGCCAGACAUGCAAUCUUAGCAUCUCUUCCUCUUCCUACAGGCGUCCCCUCCGACUCACUCAGGCCAAUCACUAUUCCUUCUCCUUUUACACUGCAUGAAUUUCUUUCCAAUGCCUCCGGCUCGCUGAGAAAUUCGCUUUCCAAUUACCGGGUAUUUCAGCAGCUUACGACAGCUUGGUGCCCGGACCGUGAGGAGCACGGCUAUCUGCUCACGCCGCUCUAUAAAUGCAGUACCAAUCCUCGUGUCAUCACUGCCCAUCGCUGGUCGAUGGCAGACGUUAUUGGGAAGAUGAACAAACCUACAGAGUGUUUCUAUAACAAGGAUGGGAAAUGGUACUACGCAGGCGUGUACAGGGCCCUCAGGCUGCAGGAUCUGACGGCGAAGGAAUGGGAGCAGCUCUCCGAUGAGACUGCUCAGACACUCGUCAAGGAAACUCUCGCUGGUCGCAAAAACAUAUCCCCUCAAAACCUCUAUGAAGUGACCCAGCUCUAUUCAGCAGGCGCUCUCAAAAUCGCUUGUGUUGGUCUGCAAUGCAUCGGUUUCAACAACACACUGUACCGCACGAUCUUGGAACAGGCUGCAAAAUGCAUGCAGAGCGGCAAGUGGCGCAUUCCCUUUGGUACUGGAACUGGUUCGCCUUGGGUCAACCCUCUUGGAGCAGAAGCUGGCUACGGUUCUCUUUCUGGCCCUGGUUCUGAUACUUCUGUAGCUGGGGCCGACACUCCGACUGACAAGGACGUCGAAAGCGCUCAGGUUGCUAUUUCUUGA